CCGGGCACUUUUUGUUUACGCUCAUGCUUGUUCUCAUUUGCGCUCCCUUGCAGCCAGGUCCACCAGUCCUCCUCCGCCGCUCCCAGCCUGGAGCGACAAAUGCGGCUGGGAGUGGCUGGACAACCCCGCCAACGACUUCUGCUACCUGAUGAGAGGGAACCAGCUCAAAAGCUGGAAGGAGGGGCGCGACGACUGCAACCGACACGAUGCCCAUCUGCUCACUAUCACGGACUCUCACGAGCAGGCCUUUGUGCACGGUCACAGCAAAGCCGUGCUCACCACUCCCUCGCUGUGGCUGGACGCCGACGCCCCCUUCGCCGAGAGCGGCGGCCGGUGGGCCGACGGCUCCCCGUUCAGCUACGUCCACCUGAGCGCCGGUCACCAUGGCGACAAAGUUGGGGGACGCUGUCUUUCCUUUCUCAUUGACAACGGCGACUGGAAAUUUGACGUGUGCGAGAUCAAGAGAGGCUACAUCUGCAAGACAAGAGCGGCGACAGCGCAACAAGCUACGCUGCCUCACGCCGGUUUCCUCAAGCAAGAGAUAUGCGAGAACGCCGACAACCGAGCCAUUUGCCCCGAGGACAGAGUCAUGCGCAUCCAGUCGGCCUUCUACGGACGGAGGAGCAGCAACGUCUGCUCGGCCCAACGCGGCUCAGACGCCAAAUGUACGGUGGAAGGUGCCCUCCUUCACUACAGGAAAGAGUGCGACAACUGCCACCAGUGCCUCGUCAAGCCCAUGAAGGAGGACCCCUGCCCCGAGGUCUCCAAAUACCUCCAGAUGGUCUACACCUGCGAAACGGACGAGUGUUUUCACAGUUUAGGCAACACCCAAGGCAGCCUGAAAAAGUUGAAGCUGAGAGCCUCCUCCUCAUUGAGCGGCUUCGGCCCCGACAAGGCUUGCCUCAAUGGGAAAAGCUGCUGGAAACCGUUGAAGCCUAUGGACAGCUGGAUCGAGGUGGACUUAGGCGAGAUGAAAAAAGUGACCGGGAUGGAGAUCCAGAUGUGUCCUACGGCCUCCUCCAGGCACUGGUCCAGGUUUAAGAUGACCCAUAGUUUGGACGGACAGGACUGGACCGACCACUCCCAAAUACUUUCCCCCGGAGCGACUCAGACCCUGAUGGAGCCCAUGCUAGCCCAGUUCAUCCGCAUCCUGCCACUGGAUCACCAAUGGAACGUCGGCCUCCGCUUUGACGUCUUGGGAUGCGCGCUUGACAAUGUGAUCAGCUGCGACGAGCAGUUCGUCAAUGUCGCCUUGGACAAGCAGCCCACUACGGUCUUCUGUCCGCCGGGUUGCGCCAAGUUGGACCAGCAAGUCUACGGCACGUGGGGGUACAAAGAGGAAUCUCACAUCUGCGCCGCCGCCAUCCACGCCGGCGUCAUCGCUGACAAGACCGGAGGAAAGUGCACCUUGCUGAAAGCGCCGCCGCAGAAGAGCUUCCAAGCAUCCGAACAGAACGGAAUCCUCUCCAAACAACUGAACCAAGAGGGGCCUUUGGCUUUCACGUUUGCCGACGGAGAGAUGAGAUGCUUGGGACCUGAGUGGGAGGAGUUUGCCGGCUUUUGCUACAACAUUUUUGAGGACAAGAAGACCUGGGCCGAGGCUCAGCACGCCUGCGGGACUUUUGGCGCCCAGCUGGUGUCCGUGGGUUCCCUAGUGGAGCAGGAGUGGCUGAAGACGACUUUGUACUUUGAUGACAGCGACACGUGGACCGGACUCAAUGACCUGGCUGUUCCCGGCAUGUUCGUGUGGUCAGACCGCCGCCCUGUGACCUUGACCUUCUGGGCUGCCGGAGAGCCCAACAACGAGCUCCCCUUGGACGACAACUGCGUGGCGGCGGCUUACCAGACGGGACGCUGGAUGCGGAUGUUGUGCACGCAGCUCAAUCGCUUCGUGUGCAAGAUGCCCAAAGCGCAUUACACCAUCGCCGCUGGAGAGCCCGAGACGGAAAGCGGCGAUUCCAAGGCCUUGUCCAUGGUGUCGACUGGAACUUGCAAAGACCUUGUCCUGGAAAUGAUGAAAGGUCUUCAGGUGGGAAGUACCAUCACCAUCAAAGGGCAGGGCAACGACAAGACCAAGAGCUUCCAAGCCAGCUUGCUCAACGCCGACAACCAAUCCAUCCUGCAGCUCAAGCUGGACGCCGAGACCCGAACCGUCACGCUGAGCUCCCAACUGGACAGCGACCUGGACCAGCAGCAGCUAAACCAGCUGCACGUUGCCCGUAUCCCCCUGCAACGUGGAGUGGACUUCAAGAUCGUCAUCAGCUGCGCCCAGCAAGUCUUCCGUGUUUUGGCCGGGGGCCACCGGCUGCACUACGCCUACCAGCGCCACCUCCGACUGGCAGACAUCACGCUGCUGCGACUGCAUGGCGACGUGUCGCUGAAGGUCGUCCGCCUGGCGACGGCGCCGCCCACCUGA